AUGACAGCAGAGGUACGACGUGAUUCCUUCAAGACGUUCUGGGAUAAGUACUCUGGCAAACCGGACACGAACACUAUGAUGCUUAAUAACACCUCCGACGAACUUGACGCCAGUGACAGAGCAGAUAUCCUCUCCAGUCUUCCACUUCUCACAAACAAGGACGUUCUCGAGAUUGGCGCAGGAAUUGGGCGUUUCACGACGGCACUUGCCGAAACCGCCAAGUGGGUGCACUCAACGGAUUUCAUCGAGUCGUUCAUCGCAAAGAAUAAGGAGCGAAACGCCCAUCUGAGAAAUAUUAGCUAUCAAAUCAGUGACGCUGCCAACUUUCAAAUGGAAGAUGGAAGUGUGGAUUUGGUGUUCACCAACUGGUUGAUGAUGUACCUAUCAGAUCGUGAAGUGGUCGAUUUUCUUUUGAACGCAAUGCGAUGGUUGCGACCUGACGGCUAUUUGCAUCUGAGAGAGAGCUGUUCUGGACCAAGCACCGGCACUGCAAAGAGUACCACGCUUCAUUCAUCUGUCGAUGUCAAUCCUACCCAUUACCGUUAUUCGUCACGUUAUAUUAAGCUUCUUCGUGCCAUACGAUAUCGUGACGGCUGCGGAAAAGUGUGGCGUUUUGACGUUCAAUGGAGUUGUUCGGUUCCAACCUAUAUUGAGCGGUCCAACAACUGGCGUCAAGUACACUGGUUGACAAAAAAGUUACCGGCCGAGGGAGAUGUAGUGACGUCCGUCAGCCAUUUGUUGAAUUUGUUCAGGUCUGAAGGCUUUCACUGGGUUUAUCCAGUAGGAGCCCCAGCACCUACCAUUUUGUUUCAUCAUAUUGCGAUCACUUUCCAUGGUGAUUAUUCGCUUUGA